CCGGGGCUCUGGGCCCGGCUCUGCCCGAGCGGAGGCGCCGUGUGUGUCCCGCGGCCCUGAAUAAAGUUUUGCCGAGAGCGAGGCUGGGGCCCAGCGCUCCGCGGCCGCGCGUCCGGAAGAAAACGUAUUGCAAAAGCCUGAAAAUCUACUGCUUAUAAUCCCUAUCCCAGCAGCCAGGAGACUGGGGGAAAUGGAUAAGCAUAUAAGUGAAGUGGCCAAGGACUAAAUUAGAAGAAUCGUCCCUUUUGAUUUAUAAGUGACAUCUAUUCAAUCAGGUGUUGUCUUCCAAGAAAUAAUACAGUUGGUCAGUUGCUUCUUGUAGACAUUGACAUUUAUUUAUAGAAAGGUUUUCUGAAGACUUGUGUCAAAUGACGUCAAUGGCCAGUUUGUUCUCUUUUACUAGCCCAGCUGUAAAGCGUUUGUUGGGCUGGAAGCAAGGAGAUGAAGAGGAAAAAUGGGCAGAAAAGGCAGUUGAUGCUUUGGUAAAAAAGUUGAAAAAGAAAAAGGGUGCUAUGGAAGAACUAGAAAAAGCCUUGAGCAGUCCUGGACAGCCCAGCAAGUGUGUUACUAUUCCUCGUUCUUUAGAUGGGAGACUUCAAGUUUCCCACAGAAAAGGCCUGCCCCAUGUUAUAUACUGUCGUGUCUGGCGUUGGCCUGAUCUACAGAGUCAUCAUGAGUUGAAGCCAUUGGAUAUUUGUGAAUUUCCAUUUGGAUCUAAACAGAAGGAAGUUUGUAUUAAUCCAUACCACUACAAAAGGGUGGAGAGCCCAGUUCUACCUCCAGUGUUAGUGCCUAGACAUAGUGAAUUCAAUCCACAGCACAGCCUUCUAGUUCAGUUCAGGAACCUAAGCCACAAUGAACCGCACAUGCCACAAAAUGCUACAUUUCCAGAUUCUUUCCAGCAACCCAACAGCACUCCAUUUUCCAUUUCACCAAACAGCCCCUACCCACCUUCUCCAGUGAGCAGCACUUACCCAAGUUCCCCUGCCAGUUCUGGACCAUCCAGUCCAUUUCAGCUACCAGCUGAUACUCCACCUCCUGCAUAUAUGCCCCCCGAAGAUCAGAUGGGGCAGGAUAAUUCACAGUCUAUGGACACAAGCAACACUAUGAUUCCUCAAAUUAUGCCAAAUAUAUCCAGCAGAGAUGUUCAACCUGUUGCUUAUGAAGAGCCCAAGCACUGGUGUUCAAUUGUGUACUAUGAAUUAAACAAUCGCGUUGGAGAAGCUUUUCAUGCAUCUUCCACCAGUGUCUUAGUGGAUGGAUUUACAGAUCCUUCUAACAAUAAAAACAGGUUCUGCUUAGGUUUGCUGUCCAAUGUUAAUCGCAACUCAACUAUUGAGAACACUAGGCGACAUAUUGGAAAAGGAGUUCAUCUCUACUAUGUUGGUGGGGAAGUCUAUGCUGAGUGCUUAAGUGACAGCAGCAUAUUUGUACAGAGCAGGAACUGCAACUACCAUCAUGGAUUUCACCCUACAACUGUGUGCAAGAUUCCCAGUGGCUGCAGCCUUAAAAUUUUUAACAAUCAGGAGUUUGCUCAGCUUUUAGCUCAGUCUGUCAACCAUGGAUUUGAGGCAGUGUAUGAGCUUACCAAAAUGUGCACCAUUCGAAUGAGUUUUGUAAAGGGUUGGGGAGCGGAAUAUCAUCGGCAAGAUGUCACAAGCACCCCAUGCUGGAUAGAAAUUCAUCUUCAUGGGCCCCUUCAGUGGCUGGAUAAAGUACUUACACAAAUGGGCUCACCACUUAAUCCCAUCUCUUCAGUUUCAUAGUGCUGCAGUAUUACCUUCAACGCUACCUUUAGUGAACUUAUUUUAAUUCUAGAGAAACUUCCAGUGUGGAUACUGUGAGCUAGAUGGAGAACAGAUAUGGUUUAACUUUUUACCCCCUUUGUGACCAAUUCCAUUACAUAUUGUUGAUUUAUUUUUACAUUUGUUUGUUCUUGUGAUACUAAAGUGACAAUUGAGCCCUAUUGGGGGAGAGGGGAGUGCGACAAAGUUUCUUGGAAAAAAUUGCAACACUUUUCCCCCUCUUCAUAUGAAACUUAAACAGGUAUAUGUCUAACUGGAACAUAUUUUCUUCACUGUCACAUAGGGACAAGAAUUUUGAAGACAGAUUUUAGGAGUAAAUACAUAUCAUAGAUUUUUAGUGUUAAUAGAACUGUACAUUCUGUUUGAACAUGUGCAGCUCCAGAUUUCAAUCAGUAUUUUAUGUGUAGCUGUGUAACAUCUUACAGAAGACUUCUGUCGAGUAAUAUAAAUUAUUAGCCUUGUCCCAUUCCAAUUUUAUAACAUUGCUUUUAACCACCAUUUAAAGAGUAAUUGAUUCAAGGUAAACUUUUUCGCACUGCUGUGGACUAGUCAGUUCUUGUUUUGCCUUGAUAAUGCACCCAUGCUGUUUUGGAUGUAAUUGCCAACACCUAGCUUUUUAGGUACCCUUUUGUAUUUUAGUAUACACGCCACUUUUUAUAAAUGGCAGUACUUACAUUGCAAAGGAGCUAAGUUCUCUAGCUGUCUAUUUUACCUAUUCAGAAUUGGCAUGUUUUAGGCCUCUUAAAUCACUUAGCAGUUGUUUUGCAGUAUUAGUAAUGACCCUAUACUUCACUUCCAAUACAGAUUUGAUUAAUCUCUUUCUCAUACUGUUUUGAAGACUGAAUGGCUUAGCAAAUGGUAAUUGAGUGCAGAGCCUUUUAUUUCUAGAUCAAAUGCAGAUGUGGUAGAUAAUUAUCAAAAAUCAUGACUGUAAAGACUUGUCCUGUGUGAAAUCGUGGUCUUCAUCCCAAUCCUGAUUGAGUUUCCCCUCACAUAGUCAAGGCCUACAGUUGGCAUUCUUAGCAGAGAAGCUAAUGAUUGCAUGUAGAUGGAGAUUAAAGGUUUCAGAGUAGCAGCUGUUAGUUUGUAUCCGCAAAAAGAACAGGAGUACUUGUGACACCUUAGAGACUAACAAAUUUAUUAGAGCAUAAGCUUUUGUGGGCUACAGCCCAAUUCAUCGGAUGCAUAGAAUGGAACAUGUAUAGUAAGAAGAUGUAUAUAGAUAUAUAGUUGUGUGUGUGUGUGUGUGUGUGUGUGUGUGUGUGUGUAUACACACACACACACACACAAGGUGGAAGUUGCCAUACAAACUGUAAGAGGCUAAUUAAUUAAGAUGAGCUAUUAUAAGCAGGAGGGGGAAAAAAAAACUUUUGUAGUGAUGAUCAAGAUGGCCCCUUUAGACAGUUGACAAGAAGGUGUGAGGAUACUUAACUUAAGGAAAUAGAUUCAAUACGUGUAAUGACCAGCCACUCUCAGUCUCUAUUCAAACCCAAGUUAAUGGUAUCUAGUUCGCAUAUAAAUUCAGGCUCAGCAGUUUCUCCUUGGAGUCUGUUUUUGAAGCUUUUCUGUUGCAAAAUUCCACCCUUAAAUCUUUUACUUAGUGGCCAGAGAGGUUGAACAGACUCCUGUUCUUUUUGAUGGAAAUUAAAUUGUCCUUUCUCCCACAUAGGAAAUCCUUCAGGGUCAGGAUUGAAGCACACUCGUGUAAGGCUGUGAGAAGGCUUGUAAUGCAGCUGCCUGCUGUAUUUGUUGUGUCACUAAUUGGAGGACUUUUGAUGCCCAGGCUGUCAAUACAAACACUAAAUAAAAAAGGGGGGAAUCUAUGGGUAAUGCCUUUUCCUAAGAAAAUGAGGGAAAGAAAUGUAUUGUGGAGAAUACUAGGUGAAGUGAAUUAUGGCCUGACUCUUUUAAUUCUAAAGUUUUUUAUGUGCAGAGUGCAGGACCUGUUGUUUAUAAUAACUAUUCACCUUCACCUUCCCCUUUCCCUGUCGCAAACGUACGUUAUUUACCCACCCAGAUAAAAUAUUUGGGAGGUAGGUUGAAAACUCUAAAACUCAAGUAGCAGAAGGGUAGCCAUGUUAGUCCGCAUCUGUAAAAGCAGCAGAGAGUCCUGUGGCACCUUAUAGACUAACAGACGUAUUGGAGCAUAAGCUUUCGUGGGUGAAUACCCACUUCGACGGAUGCAUGUAGUGGAAAUUUCCAGAGGCAGGUAUAAAUAUGCAAGCAAGAAUCAGGCUAGGGAUAACAAGGUUAGCUCAAUCAGGGAGGAUGAGGCCCUCUUCUAGCAGUUGAGGUGUGAACACCAAGGGAGGAGAAUUUGCUUUUGUAGUUGGCUAGCCAUUCACAGUCUUUAUUUAAUCCUGAGCUGAUGGUGUCAAAUUUGCAAAUGAACUGAAGCUCAGCAGUUUCUCUUUGAAGUCUGGUCCUAAAACUCAAGUACUUAUUAAAGGAUGCUUUGUAGUUAGCUACUUGAGCCCAAGGGUAUUGAUCACUUAAGUUCUUCUUGUGUCCUUUUAUUGAAUGACAAAGUUUGUGCUUAAAUGUGGUAAUCCCUGUAUCACAUAAUACAUAAGUAAAUCUUUUUAAAGGAACAAAAUUGUUUACAUAUCAUGAUAAAUUCUGUUUCUUAUGAAAUGCCUUAAAGGAAUAAAGCUAAACUGAUAACGUUCACAGAUCUAUAAUGCUGUCUUGUACAGGAAUAAGUAUUUGUACUUGAUCUUAAACACUUUCUCCAGUAUUUUAAAAAUAAAACAUUUUCAGGAAAAA